AUGGAUCUACAGGGCGUCAUUUCUCCCGCGCUUGGGAAUCUCACGGCUCUGGUUGAACUGUAUCUCUCCUUUAACCAACUGCAUGGAAGUAUUCCUGAUGAGCUAGGCAAGUUGACAGGGUUGAAGUUUCUUUUGUUUCCUCAAAACUACUUCACAGGUACAAUUCCACCCUCUCUCAAAAAUCUCUCUAUCCUAAUGCACUUGGACUUGUCGGAAAAUAAUCUCCAUGGACCUAUUCCUCCUGAAAUAGGCAUGCUCAUCCAAAUACGUUGUCUCUACCUUUAUGACAAUCAGUUCUCGGGCAAUAUUCCUUCCUCAAUAGGAAACUUGUCACAGCUGGUUGUUUUGCAAUUGCUAAGAAACGGUCUCACAGGUCCUAUCCCUCCUGAAAUAGGGACUCUCACCCAACUACAAGAGCUCAAGCUCUUUCAAAAUCCAUUGUCAGGUUCUAUUCCCUCUGAAAUAGGGAAUCUCACCCAACUACAGCAGCUCAAUCUCAACUGA